AUGGCCCAUCUUCAUACUGCAAGUGGUGGAAACCUGAGCCUGUUUGCCAAGGAGGUGAUCAGCGGUGUCGCCCGUCGGAGUGCCCGACUGGUGAUCCUCUACAACUGCCGCUCCUCUGACGAUCAUACGGGCCCGAGCGACAACUGUGAUGCUUAUUGCCGAUCGCUGAAUGAUGGUUUAUAUGGCACUAGGAUAUCAUAUUGCAAAUGGUGGCUCCACGUCGCUGUUUGUCAAGAUGGUGAUCAGCCUUGCGGCCCGUCAGUCUGCAGCAGCUUCCCCACAACUACAACAACUACCACCACUGUCUCGACCACCUCAACUCUGUCCACGGCUCCCACCACAGUAGUCUUUACUACUGUUGCCGCUACUACUGCGGCUCCCACUACAGUCUCGCCUACUACAGUGGCCGUUACUACUGCCGCUCCCACUACAGUGGCCGCUACUACUGUGGCUCCCACUACAGUCUCGCCAACUACAGUGGCCGUUACCACUGCGGCUCCCACUACAGUGGCCGCUACUACUGUGGCCGCUACUACUGUGGCUCCCACUACAGUCUCGCCUACUACAGUGGCCGUUACUACUGCGGCUCCCACUACAGUGGCCGCUACUACUGUGGCUCCCACUACAGUCUCGGCUACUACUGUGGCCGCUACUACUGCGGCUCCCACUACAGUCUCGCCUACUACAGUGGCCGCUACUACUGUGGCUCCCACUACAGUCUCGCCUACUACAGUGGCCGCAACUACUGCGGCUCCCACUACAGUCUCGCCUACUACUGUGGCCGCUACUACUGCGGCUCCCACUACAGUCUCGGCUACUACAGUGGCCGCUACCACUGUGGCUCCCACUACAGUGGCAGCUACUACUGUUGCUCCCACUACAGUCUCGGCUACUACAGUGGCCGCUACUACUGCGGCUCCCACUACAGUCUCGCCUGCUACAGUGGCUGCUACUACUGUUGCUCCCACUACAGUCUCGCCUACUACUGUGGCCGCUACUACUGCGGCUCCCACUACAGUCUCGCCUACUACUGUGGCCGCUACUACUGCGGCUCCCACUACAGUGGCUGCUACUACUGCGGCUCCCACUACAGUGGCUGCUACUACUGCGGCUCCCACUACAGUGGCAGCUACUACUGCGGCUCCCACUACAGUCUCGCCUACUACUGUGGCCGCAACUACUGUGGCCGCUACUACUGCGGCUCCCACUACAGUCUCGCCUACUACAGUGGCUGCUACUACUGCGGCUCCCACUACAGUCUCGCCUACUACAGUGGCUGCUACUACUGCGGCUCCCACUACAGUGGCUGCUACUACUGCGGCUCCCACUACAGUCUCGCCUACUACAGUGGCAGCUACUACUGCGGCUCCCACUACAGUCUCGCCUACUACAGUGGCAGCUACUACUGCGGCUCCCACUACAGUCUCGCCUACUACUGCGGCCCCCACUACAGUGGCAGCUACUACUGUUGCUCCCACUACAGUCUCGCCUACUACAGUGGCCGCUAGUACUGUGGCUCCCACUGGACUCCAGGUCACUACUGUGUCGCCCACUACGGCUCAGGCUACGACUACUUCGAUAUAA